GGCCUAUAAAUGGAAAUUCAGAGUCUGAACUUUUGGAGAGCCUAAGCAGCCAAAUCUUGAACUACUGCAAGCGAAACAGCAAAGACAUGAAGUCCAUUUUUGCCUUCUUCAUCUUCUCUCUUCUCCUGUUUGGCUGCAGCCUCAGUUAUGCAAGGAAGGAGCCUGGGGAUUACUGGAAGAGCUCAAUGAAAGAGCAACCCAUGCCAAAAGCGAUUAAGGACCUUCUCCAUCAGGAUUCUGAAGCAAGGAAAACUGAUCAUUUCGCUCAGGAUUUUGACGUGAAUCCUAAUGUCAUAAUAUAUCACAGCCAUUCUGAGCCAAAGCAGGACAGGCAAGAAGAGAAAUCUUUGGUUACACAUACCAAGUCCCGGAUGGGUUGAAAGAAGAUUUAUUAUUUAAAUAGAGAGUAAAUGAUAGGCUACUGUGAACUCAAAGAUCAAACUCAUGCUGUACAAUAUAAAGUAGUCUGUUUAUUGUAUUAUUAAUCAGUGUAUUUUUUAGUUUUAUUUUCUUGCUAGGCUGCUUUGGGUUAGUUAGUCACAGGGAAACUCUAUAGAAACUCUGUAGCAACGAAGGUUAUUAGCUGAAAGCUUAAUAAAUUACCAGGCAAUUGAUUCCUGCCAAAAACA